CCGGGUCUCCAGGGGCGCGGCGCUGCACAUGCCCGGCUGCGAGGCCGCACGCCGCGGGUUCGGGAAGGGAGCAUUACCAAAGACGUGUCCCGCUGUGGUGGUUAAGAGUUUGGAGUUAGAACCUGGAUUUCUGUUUGCACUCCACCACCUAACUUGCUGUGUGGUUUUUGAUUAAGUUCCCUAACCUCUCUGAGCCUGAGUUGCCUCAUCUCUAAAUGGGAUUGCUGAGAGGAUGAAGGUGAUAAUCAAGGAUAGUAGUUAACACAGAUAACUACUCGACACCUGCAUUUGCCAGGAUGCUCUCAUCCAGUGACUUUGCCUCUGCUUCUUGGGAGCUCGUGGUCCGAGUUGACCAUCCAAAUGAAGAGGAGCAGAAGGACAUCACGCUGAGAGUGUCUGGAGACUUGCACAUUGGGGGAGUGAUGCUCAAGUUAGUGGAACAGAUCAACAUACCCCAGGACUGGUCGGACUUUGCCCUUUGGUGGGAACAGAAGCACUGCUGGCUUCUGAAAACGCACUGGACUCUGGACAAAUGCGGGGUCCAGGCAGACGCAAAGCUCCUCUUCACCCCUCAGCACAAGAUGCUCCGCCUCCGCCUGCCGAAUAUGAGGACGGUGCGGCUGCGGGUCAGCUUCUCGGCCGUGGUGUUUAAAGCUGUCGGUGACAUCUGCAGAGCCCUGAAUAUUAGAAGAUCAGAAGAACUUUCCUUGUUAAAGCCUUCUGGUGAAUAUUUUAAAAAGAAGAAAAAAAAAGAAAAAAAUAAUAAGGACCCUGUAAUUGAAGAUAUUUUAAACCUAGAGGGCUCUCCAACAAUUUCAGGUCCACGAGUGAGUCCCGGCUUAUACAGUAAAACCAUGACCCCCACGUAUGACCCCGUCAGCGGAACGCCGGCAUCAUCCACCAUGACUUGGUUCAGUGACAGCCCUUUGGCUGAGCAAAACUGCAGCAUCCUGGCCUUCAGCCAGCCCCCUCAGUCACCAGAAGCGCUCGCUGAUAUGUACCAGCCUCGGUCUCUGGUCGACAAAGCCAAGCUGAACGCAGGUUGGCUGGACUCCUCGCGUUCCCUUAUGGAACAAGGCAUCCAGGAGGAUGAGCAGCUGCUGUUACGAUUUAAAUACUACACUUUCUUUGACUUGAAUCCCAAAUAUGAUGCGGUCCGAAUAAACCAACUCUAUGAGCAAGCCAGGUGGGCCAUUCUCUUAGAAGAAAUUGACUGCACGGAGGAAGAAAUGUUGAUCUUCGCAGCACUCCAGUAUCACAUCAGCAAAUUGUCGUCAUCAGCCGAAACGCAGGGUUUUACCAGCGAGUCUGAGGUCGACGAAGUAGAAGCAGCACUUUCUAAUUUGGAAGUGACCCUGGAAGGCGGAAAAGCCGACAACACUUUGGAGGACAUUACUGAUAUCCCUAAACUGGCAGACAAUCUCAGAUUAUUUAGGCCCAAGAAACUAAUAUUAAAAGCGUUCAAACAAUACUGGUUCGUCUUUAAAGACACAUCUAUAGCCUACUUUAAAAACAAGGAACUUGAACAAGGAGAACCAAUAGAAAAACUAAAUCUUAGAGGCUGUGAAGUUGUUCCAGACGUAAAUGUAGCAGGGAGAAGAUUUGGAAUCAAGUUACUAAUCCCUGUUGCUGACGGUAUGAAUGAAGUGUAUCUGAGAUGUGACCACGAGAAUCAAUAUGCCCAGUGGAUGGCUGCCUGCAUCUUGGCCUCGAAGGGCAAAACCAUGGCGGACAGCUCCUACCAGCCGGAGGUCCUCAACAUCCUUUCAUUUCUGAGGAUGAAAAACCGGAACUCAGCAUCUCAGGUGGCUCCUGGGCUCGAAAACAUGGACAUGAACCCGGAAUGUUUUGUGUCACCUCGGUGUGCAAAAAAACACAAGUCUAAACAGCUGGCAGCCCGCAUCCUGGAAGCCCACCAGAACGUGGCCCAGAUGCUCCUGGUGGAGGCCAAGCUGCGGUUCAUCCAGGCGUGGCAGUCUCUACCUGAAUUCGGCCUCACCUACUACCUAGUCAGAUUUAAAGGAAGCAAGAAAGAUGACAUUCUGGGAGUUUCAUAUAAUCGGCUGAUUAGAAUUGAUGCUGCCACUGGGAUUCCAAUUACAACAUGGAGAUUCACAAAUAUGAAACAGUGGAAUGUAAACUGGGAAAUCCGGCAGGUGGCCAUCGAGUUUGACCAGAACGUGUCCAUUGCGUUCACCUGCCUGAGCGCGGAUUGCAAGAUCGUGCAUGAGUACAUCGGGGGCUACAUCUUCCUGUCCACCCGCUCCAAGGACCAGAAUGAAACGCUUGACGAGGACCUGUUCCACAAGUUGACCGGUGGCCAGGAAUGAGCAGAGCAAGCCUGGGCGGGGGGGUCUACACAGCCCUGGGGGGCCAAAGGCAGGCCUCCCUGGAUGCUGGGUCCCCUGCCUGCACUGGGUGUGCAUUCAAGACUGACAGCCUGUGUCACCACCAGGCACCCAGACCCUCCCCUCAUUUCAGACACCCUGCCUGCACGUCCCUCAUCUUACUUGGCCCCUUGCUGGCAGCGGUGGAAGAGGCCUCAGUUAACCUCUCCUGGAUGUGAGGGGCGGGAGAGAGGAGGGUGCUGGGACGUUGCUCGAAGGCCCAGCAUGUGGCGACAGUUCUGUAACUCGCAGAGCCUGCAGGCGUUACGGCUCCAAGUUGUCCAUAUGCUUAUCUGCUUUGUUGCCAAGUUAGCAGAAAAACAAAGGUUAAAAGCGCAUGUGGCAAGGACAUCUUAUUCCACAAACUCAGGUAUGAAAAGAAAUAUGGGGGAAGGAGGGUAGAGCUCAGUGGUAGAGCGCAUGCUUAGUACGCAUGAGAUCCUGGGUUCAAUCCCCAAUACCUCCACUGAGUAAAUAAAUAAACCUAGUUACCUACCCCCUGCCCUGCAAAAAAAAGAAAUAUGUCCUUCUUUAACAGAAGUACUUUUAACUCCCAUCUGGUGAAAAUGGCAGAGGGAGUCCAUGCGUACACUUUUAUCCCAGAGGUCAAGGUCCGGGGAAAGGAGGGGUGACCUGGGACCAGUUGGUGACAAGCGGUCAGAGUAGUGGCCCUCGGUGUCAUCAGUCCACAAUGACACGUUGCCAAGGUGACCAUUAACCCAUCUGGUCUUGGACACUGGUGCUAUCGGGCUCCUGCCCCACCCGCAAGUCCCAUUCCAUCCCUGGUGCUCCCUCCGCCACCUUUAAGUCCCUCCUGAAGUCAUGGUGACACAGGAGCUCAGGGAAACCCAUUCCUCAAACCCAGCACGUUUCUCACCUGCUCCUGCUCUAGGCUGGAAGAUGGGUCCAGUUCUAACCUCUUCAUAAAAACCACCUCCCAGCAGUGAGGCUUCCAGCGAAGUCUCCAUCCCAACCCUUCAGGGAGAGACAGGCAAGACCCAGGCAGACCCUUUCACAAAGACCACCGUGUUCAAGGGCUGGGCCCCUCACUGGCUUCCACCUCCUGGACCUUUGGCUGGUCCGUGGGGAAGAGAAGCCUUUUCUCAUCACCCCUCAGUGUUCUCCUGGAUUUGGUGUCUGGUUAUAUGACUCAUGGCCUUUCCCCUAAAGGCCUUUUUUUUUUUUUU